AUGGGAUCUGAGCCCAGUGGCAACGAAAUGAUUGUAACUCAGAUUAGUGUUGGCGGGCUGGACAAUAAAGCCACAGCCGACAUGCUCGUCGAUUUUUUCGAAGACGAAAUCGGAAUGGUUUCGAGGUGCCGGCUGAAGACCUCAUCCACUCCCCCGGGUUCGUACCCGAAUUUCGAAAUCGAUACACACAACAUACAGCGCAAAGACGACUACGAAAAAGUCGAACCCCAUGCCUUUAUCCAUUUCGUAGUCGCACGCUCGGCUACAUCAGCGCUAGACAAGGCAGGCUGUGGGAAGCUCGUUUUUCGCGGCAAACCCUUGAGAAUCAGUUUAGGACCGGAAAACCCGCACCACAUGAGCCAGAGGAGACGAACCACGAAACCGUACAAAUUGCCCGACGUUUUAGUCGAGAUUGGUGUCAUGCGAAGCCGGGAGGAGCUUCUGGUCGGCUGGAGAGGGCCUCACAAGGGCGUUGACUUUCUCGUUGACCCGUUUAACGGGAGGUGCAAGCUCCAGUUCUCGAGGGACACGGCUUUCUCAGCCACGGGCGAGGCUAAGCCUGUCGUGAUCGGGUGCGACUUCAGGAUUGAGUUCAUGCCUAGGGAAAUCAUCGAGAUUAAACAGUGCAAAGAUUUUUCGUCCAUAAUAUUUCUGCUCCAGCUGUCGUCAGCGCCUCUGGUCUACUACCGAACGGCGGACGACGAUAUUCGAGACCCGAUGCCUUUCGAUUUGUUGGACGACGACGACCCAUGGAUCCGAACAACCGAUUUCACGCCAAGUGGGGCCCUCGGCAGAUGCAACACUUACCGAAUCUCUGUUCGGCCGCGAAACGGGAAAGCUCUCCAAGAUGCCUUGGAAUAUUUGCGUACGCGUAGGGUUCCGGUUAUCCACGGAAGCCCGAGGGAGCGACUUAAAGUGUGUGACGAGCCCGAUUUCGGCCAGCCCAUGUCGGACCAGUUCUUCUGCAUCCAAUACCGAGAGGGUAUCUCCUUCAAAACUCUCUUCUUAGUGAACGCCGUCUUGCACAAGGGAAUAAUCAACCAGCACCAGAUGUCCGAGAAAUUUUUUGACUUGCUGAGAAGUCAAACUGAGGAAGUCAACACAGCUGCCCUCAAGCACAUCUGCUCGUACAAGCGUCCCGUGCACGAUGCCCUCCGUGCACUGAGCCUUGUCCAAAGAUGGCUGCUGAGUAAUCCAAGGCUUCUAGAGCAGCCCUUGAAGGAAUCCUCCGACAUUAUCGAGGUCCGUCGUCUGAUAGUAACCCCAUCCAAGGCCUACUGUCUUCCCCCGGAAGUCGAGCUCUCGAAUCGUGUCCUCCGCCACUACAAGGACGUGGCCGACCGCUUCCUUCGGGUCACGUUCACGGACGAGGCCAUGCUCACGCUCAACAAAAACGUCCUCACCUACUACGUGGGCCCCAUGGCCCGGGGCAUCACAUCGGGCUCGGGCCCGCAACGGACCGCCAUGUUCAAGCGGGUCAAAGAUGUGUUGACCGGCGGCUUCCACCUGUGUGGCCGAAAGUACUCGUUCCUCGCGUUCUCUUCGAACCAGCUGCGUGACCGUUCGGCGUGGUUCUUCGCGGACCACAAGAGCACGGGAGUCGCUGACAUCAAGAGCUGGAUGGGGAGGUUCACUAACCGAGUGGUGGCCAAGUGCGCGGCCAGGAUGGGGCAGUGCUUCUCGUCGACCUACGCCACGGUCAACGUCCCGUUGACCGAAGUCGACACGAAGAUCGAGGACGUCGAGAAUAACAACUACCCGGGUUUUUUGAACAGGCAAAUCGUCACGCUUUUGUCGGCUUUGGAAGUUAAGGACAACGUGUUCUGGGAAAUGCAGGAGAAAAUGGUCUCGGGGCUUGAUAGAAUACUCGAGGACACGGAUACGGCUUACGAUGUUCUCAGUGGUUCGUGUUCCGAUCAGGGGAAUACGGCUGCUAUAAUGCUAAGCGCCGGAUUCCGGCCACAAACCGAGCCUCACCUUCGGGGGAUGCUGACGAGCAUUCGUACAGCUCAGCUCGGGGACCUGAGGGAGAAAGCGAGAAUAUUUGUUCCUUCCGGAAGGUGGCUGAUGGGGUGUCUGGACGAGAGUAGGGUACUCGAACAUGGGCAGUGUUUUGUCCAGGUGUCAACACCUUGUUUGGAGAAUUGUUUUGUGGGCCAUGGGCCGGAGUUCUCGGGGUAUGAUAGGAAAAUGCAGGUGGUUAGAGGACUUGUGGCUAUAGCAAAGAAUCCUUGCCUUCACCCGGGGGAUGUGAGAAUUCUGGAGGCAGUCGAUGCGCCGGAGCUGCAUCAUUUAUACGACUGCCUUGUUUUUCCGCAGAAGGGUGAAAGGCCCCACCCGAAUGAAGCUUCGGGGAGUGAUUUGGACGGGGAUUUGUAUUUUGUGACGUGGGAUCAGAAUCUUAUUCCUCCGAGUAAAAGGAGCUGGACGCCUAUGGAGUAUGCUCCUGGCGAGGAAAAAAAACUGCCGCGUGACGUGAAGCAUUCGGACAUAAUCGAGUUUUUCACAAAAAACAUGGUGAACGAGAGCCUCGGAGCCAUCUGCAACGCGCACGUGGUCCACGCUGACUUAAGCGACUACGGCGCCCUCGAUGAGAAGUGUGUAAAACUAGCCGAGCUUGCUGCUAUAGCAGUCGAUUUCCCCAAAACGGGCAAGAUGGUAAUUAUGCCCCCGGAGCUCAAGCCAAAGAUGUACCCCGACUUCAUGGGUAAAGAGGAAUUCCAAACUUACAAAUCGACCAAAAUUCUCGGCAAGCUCUACCGUAAAAUUAAGGACACUUAUGAUAAAGGCUACGAGUCCUCUUCUUCCGAUUGUGCGUUCGAUUUUGAAAACGUAACCUACGAUAGUGCGCUUGAGAUUGCAGGGUCCGCGAACUUUAUUGACGAUGCAUGGAGUCGAAAGUGCUCGUAUGAUGGGCAGCUGCUCGGGCUUUUGGGACAGUACAAGGUGAACAGAGAGGAAGAGCUUGUGACGGGACAUAUUUGGUCGAUGCCUAAAUACACGAGCAAAAAGCAAGGGGAACUGAAGGAGAGGCUGAAGCAUGCGUACACGAACCUGAGAAAAGAAUUUCGGAAAAUAUUCGAGACGUUAGGUUCAGAAUUUGACAGUCUAACGGAUGCAGAGAAGAAUUUGAUGUAUGAGAAGAAGGCAUCUGCUUGGUAUCAAGUGACGUACCAUGAGAGGUGGCUGAGAAAGUCGAAGGAGAUGCAGAUGGUGGAUGAUGGCGGGAAAGUGGUGAUGCUGAGCUUUGCGUGGAUUGCGGCUGAUUACUUGGCUCGGAUUAAGAUAAGGCAGAGGAAGAUGGAGAAUGGUAUCUCGUCGAGUAAGGCUAUUGAUUCUCUUGGAAGGUAUUUGGCUGAUAAAAUCUGAUCUCUUUUUUUUGCGUUGUUUUGUGUGAGGCUGUAAGGCCACUCUGCCGCUUAUGAAAGUUGUUGCACAAGCAUCUGUAGUCAUGUCCUCUGCCCUUUUGUUGGUUUUUGCUUGUUUUGUGAAGAUUUAUUAUUACUCUUUCCUAAUUCAAGUUUUGAUGCUCGUAUUUUGGUGACUCUAUAUUAAGAUUUUUACUCUUUCCUAAU